AUGGAUUAUUCACAUUAUACACGAAGAAAGCGCAGAAUGAAACAAAGGGAGAAUUUAGAAAUGGCACGGCACUCUUACUCUCAAUUAAAAGCCUCCAAUAGGGAGAAGAGUACGACAAACACGAAACAACUCGAGUUCAUGAAACAGGACAAUCUAAAGCGUCGACGAGAUAAUGAAGAUGAAGAUUUAUUAGCAACUUCAAGAAGAAAGGGCGAAGUUGUUGUGGAUGAUGAUGAUGAAAUCGAUCAAGAAGCAUAUUCAUUAUUAUAUAAUGAUGAAAAUAUAGAAAAAAUAAUGGAGUUUGUUGACGAAAACUAUUUAUCUGAGGAGAAUAAACUACCAGAUGCAAGCAAUAGCGAG